AUGGCGAUCCUAACAACUCCUCCAACCUGGACCACAGUCAUCAACAGCUCCUUGGACCCAGGUGGCACAGGAGACACCUACAAGUGCAUAUUUGAUGAGGACUUCAAGUAUGUCCUGCUGCCAGUCUCCUACAGCAUCGUGUGCGUGGUGGGGCUCUUUCUCAACCUGCUGGCCCUCUAUGCCUUCAUCUUCAGGAUCAAGACCUGGAACGCCUCCACCACGUACAUGUUCAACCUGGCUGUGUCCGACACGCUCUACGUGGUCUCCCUGCCCCUCCUGGUGUAUUAUUAUGCCAUGGGGGACAACUGGCCCUUCAGUGUGGGCUUGUGUAAGAUAGUCCGCUUCUUGUUUUACACCAACCUCUACUGCAGCAUCCUUUUCCUCCUCUGCAUCAGCAUCCAUCGAUUCCUGGGCAUCUGCUUCCCCCUGAAGUCGCUGCAGUGGGGACACGUUCGCUACGCCCGGAGGGUGUCGGUCAUCGUGUGGGUGGUGACCGUCGUGUGCCAGUCGCCCAUUCUCUUCUUCGUCACCACCAGCACGAAGCGUGGCACCAUCACCUGUCACGACACGUCCAGCAAGGACCUCUUUGGCCAGUUUGUCAUUUACAGUUCGGUGAUGCUGGUGCUGCUCUUCUGCAUCCCUUUCCUCAUCAUCAUCGUCUGCUACUGCCUAAUGGCCCGGAGGCUGCUGCAGCCCACACGGGGGAUCUCCCGGCUGUCCCGAUCCAAAAAGAAGUCAGUCAAGAUGAUAAUCAUCGUCUUGGUGGUCUUCAUUGUUUGUUUUCUUCCUUUCCAUGUCACUCGUACCUUGUAUUACUCCUUCCGGAGCUGGGACUUGAGCUGUCAGACCCUCAAUGCUAUCAAUUUAGUCUAUAAGGUGACUCGUCCCCUAGCUAGCACCAACAGCUGCUUGGAUCCCAUUUUGUAUUUCUUAGCAGGACAACGAUUUAUGAAGUUUGCGGGCAACAAAAUGCCAGGGAAGCCUCAAAAUGAAGUGGCACUGGGCAUCGUGCCCAACAGUCACCUGGGAACCAGUAACAACACAGAUACGUUAUCCAAGGAUGUGAAAUCCUAG